AUGGCUGCGGCCUGUGCUGCCCCAGGGAGCACCUUCUCUAAGCAGCUCCUCUUCCUUCUCCUGGUUCUGGUAUUAUUUUGCAAUGCCUGUCAGAAAGUUUCCCUUCAAGUUCCCUCUCAUCUUAAGGCCGAAAAACCUAUAGGCAAAGUGAAUCUGGAGGAGUGUCUCAAAUCGCCCAGCCUGAUCCUGUCCAGUGACCCAGCCUUCAGAAUUCUAGAAGACGGCACAAUUUAUGCAACACAUGACCUGCUUUUGUCUUCUGAAAAGAGGGGUUUCUCCAUCUUGCUCUCAGACAGUCAAGGGCAGGAACAAAAGAAGCUAGAAAUUGUACUGUCAGCAAGAGAAAAAAAGGCUUUUAGGAAGAGGCACACCAAGGAACCAGUGCACAAGCGCAGUAAGAGAAGAUGGGCUCCCAUUCCGUGUUCACUGAUGGAGAACUCACUGGGUCCAUUUCCACAACACGUUCAGAGGAUCCAAUCUGAUUUUAGCCAGAAUUAUUCCAUCUUUUACUCUAUCAGUGGACCAGGUGUGGACAAAGAGCCUUUCAAUUUGUUCUACAUCGAGAAAGACACUGGGGACAUCUAUUGUACCCGAAGCAUUGACCGUGAAGAGUAUGACCAAUUUAUGGUGUACGGAUAUGCAACCACGGCUGAUGGCUAUGCCCCAGAGUACCCUCUGCCCCUGCUCUUCAAGGUUGAAGAUGACAAUGACAAUGCCCCGUAUUUUGAAACCAAACUGACCGUUUUUAGUGUGCCUGAAAAUUGUCGAUACGGAACUUCAGUGGGACAAGUGACUGCCAUAGACAAGGAUGAGCCAGGAACCCUGCACACUCGUCUGAAGUACAAAAUCUUGCAACAAAUCCCAGAUCACCCCAAGCACUUCACCGUCCACCCAGACACGGGUGUGAUCACUACCACCACACCUUUACUGGACAGGGAGAAAUGUGAUACUUACAAACUAGUGAUGGAGGUACGAGACAUGGGGGGCCAGCCCUUCGGUCUCUUCACCACCGGAACGAUCACCAUCUCACUGGAGGAUGAGAAUGACAAUUCACCGUGUUUCACCAAAAGUUCUUAUAUUGCAGAAAUAGACGAAAACAGAAUUGAUGUUGAGAUUCUAAGGAUGAUGGUGCAAGACCAAGAUUUGCCCAACACCCCCCACUCGAAGGCGGUAUACAAAAUCCUACAGGGGAACGAGAACGGGAACUUCAAAAUCACAACAGAUCCAAACACAAAUGAAGGAGUCUUGUGUGUUGUCAAGCCAUUGAACUAUGAAGUCAGCCGCCAAGUCACUCUGCAAAUCAGCGUGCUUAACGAAGCCCAGUUCACUAAUGCCGCCAACACACAACCCCCAACAAUGUGCACCGCAACUGUCACUGUGAAAAUUAAAGACAGAGAUGAGGGUCCUGAGUGCUUGCCACCAGUCAAAGUCAUUCAGAGCAAAGAUGGGCUCCCAGCUGGCCAACAGCUCCUGGGCUACAAAGCGAUGGACCCAGAAACAAGCAGUGGCGAAGGCUUAAGGUAUAAAAUGGUAGGAGACGAAGAUAACUGGUUUGAGAUUAACGAAAGCACAGGAGACUUGAGAACCGUGAAAGUUCUAGACCGAGAGUCGAAGUUCGUGAAGAACAACCAGUACAAUAUUUCAGUGGUGGCGAUGGAUUCAGUUGGCCGAUCCUGCACAGGAACACUGGUAGUCCUUCUGGAAGAUUUUAAUGACCACCCACCACAGAUUGACAAGGACAUAACCAUUUGUCAGCAGGAGAAGGAUUAUGCCGUUUUGGAACCCGUAGAUCUAGAUGGGCCAGAUAAUGGUCCACCUUUCCAGUUCCUUCUGGAUAAUUCUUCCAGCAAACUUUGGACUCUAGAGUCACAGGAUGGUAAACGUGCCAUUCUUCGGCAACGACACAAUCUUAAUUAUAACUACUAUUCUGUGCCAAUCCAAAUACAAGACAGACAUGGUUUUUCUGCAAAACAUGUAUUAUCAGUGCGAGUGUGUGACUGUACAAUUCCGUCAGAAUGUAGAAUGGCCAUUGAGGAGAGGGAUGUUAAACCAAAUGUAAUCCUUGGGAAAUGGGCCAUUCUCGCCAUGGUCCUGGGAUCUGCAUUGCUACUGUGCAUUCUGUUUACGUGCUUCUGUGUGACCACGACUAAGAAAACAGUCAAGAAAUGCUUCCCAGAUGACGUAGCCCAGCAAAAUUUAAUUGUAUCAAAUACUGAAGGACCAGGAGAAGAAGUGACGGAGGCAAAUAUUAGACUCCCCACACAGACAGUCAACAUCUGUGAUACAAGCACAUCUGUUGGGACUCUUGGUGGCCAAGGAAUCAAAACACAGCAAAAUUUUGAGAUGGUCAAAGGAGGCUACACCUUGGAGUCCAACAAAGGAGGUGGCCACCAUACCUUGGAGUCCAGCAAAGGAGGUGUGCUAGGAGCAGGAGACACUGGCCGAUAUGCUUACACUGACUGGCAAACUUUCACUCAACCUCGGCUCGGCGAAAAGGUGUAUUUGUGUGGCCAAGCUGAGGAACACAAGCAUUGUGAUGACUACGUUCGCUCAUAUAACUAUGAAGGCAAAGGCUCCAUGGCUGGUUCUGUGGGUUGCUGCAGUGAUCGGCAGGAGGAAGAAGGGCUAGAGUUUUUAGAUCACUUGGAACCGAAAUUUAGGACAUUAGCAAAGACAUGUGUGAAGAAAUAA